AUGAUGGAUGGGCGGCGUCAUUCUGUGGAUAUACCUAUCUCUAAAGCUCUGGUGGCUCUGAGGAGGGUAAGGUCUCUAAGGGAUCCAUCAACUAAUUCUAUGAGCAAGUUCUCUUCUCCGGUUGAGAGUGUCAAUUGGGAAACGAAUUCGGGUAAUGAUAUCUCUAUGCUGUUCUUGAAUACUUUCCAAGAAGGUGGUUCUGAAAAACGUAGUUGUUUGAGGCCAAAGCAUUCGGAUUUGUAUGGAGAAAGAGAGGAUUGCUUUGAUGAUUUUGAAUCGAACUCGGGUUUAGAAAAGUGUAGGUUGAUCCUGCAUGAGAAUUCAGAGUGGGUUGGAAGCACAGGGAGUCUUAGGAGCAAUCAGGGUGAUGAGUUUGAUCUUUCAGGGUCAGACAAGGAAGAGGUUUUGAGAAAUAAGUCACUGAGUCGUAGAUAUAACAACAGUCAUAUGGAUAAAGGAUUGGCCUUGACAUGCGUCAAGCCUUUGGAGGAUGUGAAUUAUGAAGAAACUGUCAGAUCAUCAUGUUUAGAAAGAGUAGAUCAGAUUGUAUCAAAACGAAAAUCACAGUGUGAAAACCGUGUUGAUUUCUCUGGGGCAAUUGGUGAUCGUAGGAGUCGAACUGGCAGUCCAUGCCAAUCAGCAGGUGAUGCUCUUUCAAGCCAUGGUACAUCCAUUUUUGCAAAUGAAGAGGUUGAUAUUGUUGAUCAUGAUCAUCCCGGUGGUGGACUAAGCUGCUGCUGGUCAAGAACUCCUAGAUUCAGAGAAGCGAACAUGUCGUUUGAUGCAGACAACCAUCCUUUGUUAUACAAGAAUGUUGAUGAUAUUGCACUUUAUGACCACAGAAACUUGAAACGCAUAGGAAAUGAAACCAAUUCACAAUUGGAAAAACCCAGGAGUCUGAGUCAGAAAUUCAGGCCAAAGUCUUUCAUUGACUUGGUGGGACAAAAUGUUGUUGCAAGGUCUCUGUUGGGUGCUAUCUCAAGAGGAAGACUAACCUCAUUCUAUCUUUUCCAUGGUCCACAAGGUACAGGAAAAACAUCAGCCUCAAGAAUUUUUGCUGCAGCACUUAAUUGUCUUUCACUGGAGGAAUAUAGGCCGUGUGGUCUCUGCUGCGAGUGUAUUCAGUACUUCUCUGGAAACAGCAGAGAUAUCAGGGAAAUAGAUUCUGUGAGAAUCAACCGGAGAGACCGGGUUAGGUCUCUUAUUAAGAAUGCAGCUAUGCCUCCAGAUUCUUCACGGUUUAAGGUUUUCAUUAUUGACGAGUGUCACUUGAUGCGUGGGGAAACAUGGGCGACUAUUUUGAGUAGCAUUGAUAACCUUUCUCAACAUGUUGUCUUUGUGAUGAUUACUCCUGAUCUGGAUAAGCUGCCACGGAAUGCAGUAUCACGGUCCCAGAGAUAUCACUUCCCAAAGAUUAAGGAUGGUGAUAUUGCAAGCAAGCUAGGAAAAAUCUGUGUUGAAGAGGGGCUUGACUUUGAUCAGGUUGCAUUAAACUUCAUUGCUGCCAAAUCAAAUGGGUCCCUUAGGGAUGCAGAGAUGAUGCUUGAUCAGCUAAGUUUGCUUGGUAAAAAAAUCACUAUGGACCUGGCAUACGAACUUAUUGGAGCUGUUUCUGAUGAUGAAUUACUCGAAUUGCUAGAUCUAGCCUUGUCAUCUGACACUUCUAAUACGGUUAUAAGGGCCAGGGAGUUGAUGAGAUCAAGGAUUGAUCCCAUGCAACUUAUAUCGCAGUUGGCAAAUCUUAUUAUGGACAUCCUUGCUGGUGAGGAAGGUGGUUCGGAAGUUCAGAAGAAGUUCUCUCGUAGGCAUACCUCUGAAAUGGACGUCCAGAAACUGAGUCAUGCAUUGAAAAUAUUCUCUGAAACUGAGAAGCAAUUAAGGGUAUCCAAGAAUCAAACAACAUGGCUUACUGCAGCUCUUUUGCAGCUAAGCUCUGCUGAAUCGUCCUCCUCAUUGGAUGCUAGUGAUACAAAGAGUUUGAGAAAUACACAAGAGAGAGGUGAGAAUAAGGAUAUUGAUGAACAGUUGGAAACCAUAUGGAAGAGAGCUAUACAUUUAUGCCAAUCCAAGUCAUUCAAGAACUUUUUGAGGAAACAAGGAAGAUUGUCGUCUCUAUUUGUGAAUCAAGGUCUUGCAAUAGCUGAAUUGGAAUUCUGCCACCCUGAUUAUGUAACCAAGGCUGAGAAGUCAUGGAAAAUCAUUGCAAGUGCACUCCAAUCUCUAUUUGGUUGUAAUGUGGAGAUCAGGAUCAAUCUUGUACAUGCGUCUGAGUCAAAGUUUGCAUACGUGAAGAAGCCAUCUUUCAGGUUGUUCAGCUGUUCCCGUAGAAUGCAACAAAAGUCACCAUCUUUCUGUGAGCGGGGAAGUGGUUCAGACUACUCUGAGUACACAUCAGAAAAGCCUAUAUUAAGUGAUAGACCUAUUUUACCUUGUUCCUGUGAUCGUGCUUCUCAACUGGCACAUAACUGCUGUGACAAAAUGGUGGUUGUAAGCACAUUGAGAAAUAGUGAAGGAAACGUACUGACCACAAGAGCAGCCUCAUCCCGCAGAUCAUUUGAAGAUGAUGCACCAAAGGCACCUGGAUUAAUGGUUGAUUCUUCAAUGGAAGAGGAAAUCAACCAGGACUGCCAGGUUUUAUCUUUUCAUCAACCUGAACAUCAACCAAGGUGUUUCCCGAGAUCUUUGAGGAUUCAAAAGAAGUUGUGUUCCACUGAUGCUACUCAGGUGACCUGUUGCACUAAACUACAAAACAAGUUUGCAAUCCCAAGUAGGACAUCGUUUGAAGCUUGUCUUUUGGGAAGCGAUUCAUAUGCUUUCUGCAACGGCUCUGACAAUGGUAACAACACUGGCAACUAUAAAGAAGAGUUGAAGGAAAACUCAGGUGUGCUUUGUUGGAAAACCCCCAGGCUUCCCUCAGGAAAGGAGGAAGUGAAACAUGAUAGCUACAUGACAAGCAUUUUCCGGCCAGAUUGUGAUACUUGUGAGAGAUCCAAGGAAGAUGGAGAAACAGGAUGUCUGGAUCUUGGAGAUGGCCGAGAACUAUGCUCAGAUUGCUCUUCUAUAGCCGUCACGGAUUUGGACGAAUGCAAUUACAUAAUCCAAAGUGUGUUUGAAUUCUACAAAAAGGAAAAACUUAUAGUGGAUGAAAAAAUUCCCAUAUUUUUCAUCGACAGGAUUCAGAUGAGCAAAUUUUCUGGAGAUCGUGCACUUGGCGUGUUCAUUUGA